CUACAAACUGGUAGCAAGUGCCGUUGCUCUUCCCCGCUCUUCCUAAAUAAGUAUAUUGUCACUUGCGUCGUGUGGAAACCUGUAUCAAAAUCUUUCACCUGUUUUUUUAACUGCUGGGCUGGUGCUGCUGAAUGUAUCUCACUGAAGUGCGUGACACCUCAGCCUGCUGGUCUUCCUGAACUGUGCUUUCCAAGGCAGAAUUAAUAUGGAUGAUUCUUAUAGUUCAAGUGGAGUGUGUGUUUGCAACACCCUACAAAACGAAGUUUUUGGAAGCAGUAACUAUUAACUCCAUGGCAGGUUAAAUUUUCUGCUAUUGCAAAUUGGAAUAAUUUAUUUGCAAUCACUGGAUCUACAAAUAGUUGUGCCUGGAGAUUCAGUGGUGGCUGAAGGGUACAUGACACGAGCUGCCAGGUGGUACAGCGUGAGGUUUGCAUAAAGGACAACAUGAUAUAUUUUCACUGUAUGGCAGUGCCCCCAUAUCCUGGUAACAUUGCAGUCUUAUUAGCCAAAAUUAACAACAAUUUUAUUUGACAUUGACAACCAUAAGGUCUCUGAACAAAAUGAAUUUCAUUACAAGGCUUUCUGCUUUAUGUCUGAGGAAAAGCAAGAUGCAACACAGGCACCAAAGUAAUAGACGACCAACUGCUCCACUUGGAUCACGGAUUUUAACUGAUCCUUCUAAGGUCUUUGAGCAUAACAUGUGGGACCACAUGCAGUGGUCACAAGAAGAAGAGGAGAGUGCCAAGAAAAAAGCAGCAGAGAACUCGCUUGUGAAAGUUCAAUGGGAAGACCAAGAUAAAUAUGAGAGAGAAGCCAGUAAAUAUUGGAAUGAAUUUUACAAGACCCAUAAAAAUAACUUUUUCAAGGAUCGUAAUUGGCUAUUUCUGGAAUUUCCAGAAAUUCUUCCAGAAGAAAAGAGACAAGAAUUGAGAAGAGAAGAAAGAUCUUCAGAACACAGAAAAAUAAAUAGUACCAACAGUUUUUCACACAAAAAUGAAAUGUUUGAGGAAGGAGAAAAAUACUGGAAGAAAAAUUAUCGAGGUGGUUCUACUGCUGUACAAGGAUGUGUAUAUAAUAAAAACAAAGCAGAAACAAUUAGUGAAAAUCCUCAGGGUAAAAAUUGUGGAGAAGAACUUGACAGACUAGAAUCUUUCCCUGGAAGUGAUGCCACUUAUAGAAUAUUAGAGGUUGGUUGUGGAGCUGGAAACAGCGUCUUUCCUAUUUUGGAAGUUCUAUGCAAUACACCUGGAACCUUUCUGUACUGUUGUGAUUUUGCUUCAGGAGCAGUGGAGCUGGUAAAGUCACAUUCGUCCUACAAUUCAGCCUGGUGUUCUGCCUUUGUUCAUGAUGUGUGUGAUGACGCUUUACCCUAUCCUUUUCCAGAUGAGAUCCUGGAUGUCAUUCUCCUUGUCUUUGUGCUCUCUACUAUUCAUCCUGACAGAGAUGAGCACAAGUUGUGCAAAGCCAGGGUCCAGAUUCCAGAAACAAUUCAAGCAGUAGACUUCAGAUCUUUGUGACUGCCAUGAUGCUGCCACGAAGAUAGUGGAAAAUAGUGUUUCAUUCAUUAAAUCAAUCACUUUGCCUGUAGAAGCAGUAUUCUGCGUAUUUCUGUGUGUCUUUUCCUAUUAGUCUUUUAAGAAUGUGUUUGAGUUUUUUUUGUGGUUUGUUGGUUGUGGUUUUUCUCCCAGGGCUGACAUGGAUGCUUUUGUGUGCAUGUGUGUGUAUACACACAUAAAAAUUUCCGUGUAAUUAUCUGUAUUGUGAGACCCACUUUCCAAAGCUGUGUUAGUCAUUACUGCCAUCUCGUAGAAUUAAAAUGACUGCAUAAAGGAAAAUGUGAUCCAGAUUCAUCUUGCUCAGUAUACAUUUUUUCUGGAAACUUUGAAAGUGAGAAAUGAAAAAGAAAACCAAGGGAACUGUGAUGCAGAACUUACAUACUUGGGAA